AUGAAUGACAACGACGCAGGUGCAUAUAGUGAGAACUUGUCUGGUGAUGGCCAUCUUGGAUUACAAAAUGAAAAAAUGAAAGUGUUGAACAAACGUAACUUGAAUGUUCAUGGACUUUCAAAUAGAACUGGAAGAUCUUUUCUAACACAAGUUUCAGAGUUUGAACCACUUAUAGAACCAGACAUUUGUAAACAACAUGAUAAAAUCUUGCUUGCAAUUCUAAUAUUCUCAAAUCCAUCCAAUAUUGAACGAAGACAAGUUAUACGCGAAACAUGGUUGUCCGACAUAAAGUCUUCAAUCCGAUAUGUGUUUGUUGUUGCAAGAAACACCAAUUCAGAUCACAAAAAGGAGCUGCAAGAAGAAAUCGAUGAACACAAAGACAUUGUCCAGUUUGACUUUAUUGACUCAUAUAAAAAUUUAACGUUUAAAACAGUAUCUUCCUUCAAAUGGAUUAUCGCCGUCUGCCCACGAGCGUCUUAUGUGUUGAAAAUAGACGAUGAUAUGUGGCUUAACAAGAAAGCUUUAACCAGUGUCCUUGAACAUGGCGCAGUUAAGGGUUCAAUUGGCGGGAACUGCCAUCGCGGAGAACCACCAAUUCGUGAUCCAGGAAACAAGUACUAUAUUCCCUGGAGCAGCUACCCAUACGGUAUAUAUCCUCCAUUUUGUUCCGGUACUGCGUACGUGGUUGAUUUUCAAGUGAUGAAAGGCAUUGUUAAUGUUUCUAAGGAUGUUCCCUAUUUUCCACUAGAAGACAUUUAUGUCGCUUUAUGUAUGACUAAACUGAAAGCGAAAGUUAUUAAUCUUUACGGAUUUAAUUCAGUUCGCGUUCGUGCAAAUCCGUGUUGGUUAAAAAGCGACUGGCUCGUAACGACACAUGAAUUUUUACCUUUCGAGUUACGAAGAAUUUGGAAUACACAAUGCUAUGGGUUAAAUCAGGUUAGGCAAGUCAAGGGCCAAUUCGAUCCGCAAAUAAGAGGCUCGUUACAUUUAAAAAGACAACAAUUAAAUAGGCUUAACAUGGAACAAAUGUUUCGACAAAACGCCAAGAUGAAUUUGAGAUCUGGUGGAAGACGUUUUGUCAAAAGUCCAAGAUUAAUUUUCAAUUAAAUCGAUAUGGAACUUAUCAUUCUUACAAACAUGAUAUGUUCUCCCCAGUUCACUGCUGAUUGAUUGAUCCAUGUUAAUCGUACAGUGACAUGGAUAUUCAGUACGAGAAACACGUACUAUACAAUAAUUACCAUAGGUAGCAUUGCAAAGUUUUCGACCGAGAUGAAGGACAGAAUUUCGGACCACCACUGGAAAAUGAGGAGAAGUAGGAUACGGGCAGAAAAUUUGCCUUUCAACAUGCGUCGUUUUUACCCAUCGAAGAAGAGUAGUAAGGACUUAUACGUGCAGAGAACGAGGCACUCCCCCACACGGCAUCGAUGUCCCCAAUCCGACCGGACGUGGCUGCGUAUUGAUAUCCCGAAUAGCCAAACUGACGCCUCCAACAUAGGUUUUACUGCCGUUUGAGAAGCCAAGGUGGUCAUAUUUCUUAACACCAGCCAACCAUUGGGUUAGUUCCAUGUUAAAUAUAUAGUUUUCCAUGUUCUCGUACAUAUUUUCUCUGGACGUUUUAAUUCCCCAAAAAAACCUUUCCGGAUCGAGGCAAAUUGGAUUUGUUCGCUUUUUGACCGAUGAUUUAUUUGUUUCCUCGUGAUUCGUUCAUCAUUGAACGUUCGUACAAGUUUGACAAUAAAACUUUGAUUUAUUUUUACUUUG